UCAUCCCCACAGGGUGUCACAGAGAGCAGAAAUGAGGGCUUGGUUAAAGGGAGCAAAAGUGAACUGGGUUCCCCUUCUUUCUCUGCAAUGAAUCUCUUGCGUCAGAGAUUACAUGAGAAGAUAAAAAAAGCUUCUGGACAAGAUGAUGCCAAAGAAUUACCCCCUGCAGUCCUGGAGAGGAGGCAGCGAAGGAAGUACGAGAGGGAGAGGAAGAAGCGCCGAAGGAAGGAGCUGAAGAUGAAGGCAAAGAUGGAGAAGAAGGAAGCUGAGGAGGUUCCUGUAGAGCCAGAAAGCAAAAAGGAGGAGAGCACACCUGAGGUGGUCUUUAACAGGGUGGAAGUCCAUGAAGAGAAUGAGCUGAACAAGGUCCAGAAGAAAAAAGAGAAGAGGAAGGCAGUGAAAGGCAACAUCACCCCCCUGACAGGCAAGAACUACAGGCAGCUGCUGAGCAGGCUGGAGAGCAGGAAGAACAAGUUGGAGGAGCUGAAGGAGAAGGAUGAGAAGAAGGCCCAGGAGCUGGAGAACAAGAUGAGAUGGACGAACGUCCUGUAUAAAGCGGAAGGGGUGAAGAUCCGUGACGACGAGGAGCGGCUGAAGGAGGCGCUGAAGCGCAAGGAGAAGCGCCGGGCGCAGCGGCAGCGGCGCUGGGAGCAGAGGACGGAGAGGGUGGCCGAGAAGAUGCAGCAGCUGCAGGAGAAGCGCCGCAAGAACAUUCAGAAGAAGAAGAAGGAUAGGAUGGAGAAGAAGAAAGCCAGGGCCCGGAAGAAGGGCCGUGUUCUGCCAGAGGACUUGAGAAAAGCUGGGUUAAAGUGA